AUGAGCCUUGCUGAUCGCCCAUUGACCCCGUCCAGGCAACAAGUGAGGAAGCUAUUGAAACUGCUAAACUUCUUGCCCAGCCGAAAGGUUGGUAUACCUUCUAGUGCUGCAGCAGCAAUUAAUUUGGCAGAGAUGCCUGAAAAUGCAGGAAACUCAUUGUUAAAAAUGCUUGCAACCCAUGUUAAAGGUCCGCAUCUGAUUCAAGGAAUUGGCUCUGAUAUUAUUGCUAAUGUUAUGGAUAUUGAAAUAAUGGAUAAAAUUGUUCAGGUAACAAUGAGGAAGCUAUUCAAACAACUAAGGUGCUUGCCUUCAAAGAAUGUAGGAAUAUCUUCUAGAGCUGCAGCUGCUGCUGCAAUAAAAUUGGCAAAGAGACUGGAAAAUGCUGGGAAACUCAUUGUCGUAAGUUCUGUUUCCGUAUUCAAUUUGGUAAUAUUCCCUAGCUUUGGAGAUCGUUAUCUAUCUUCCACGCCUUUUGAUUCCAUUAGGCAUGAGGUGGAAAACAUGACCUUUGAUUGA